AUGGCCACGGAUAUCAUCGAACUCUCAGAUGAUGAUACAGAGUCAGACUCUGAGGAAGACUUUGAGGGACUGGCCAAACCACCUCCUCUGAAAAGGAAGAUCGAAGUGGAGUUCACGGAAAAGGUGCAGUGGACAGAUGAAUCAGACAGCGCGCCCUCCAAGCCAAAGAAAAGGAGAACAAAACGAAAAUUUGCCGGGAAAAAGAAGGCUUCAAGGGUGACCGGAGAUGUGAAGCACACAGAAGACGAGUUGGAGAAGGUUGAUCUUCCGGACUACUUGGUUGAGCGAAGGCGAGCUUUUGACGCCAAGAAGAGAUUAUACCACGAAUCAGCCCUGAUGCUACCUCCUGGUUAUAUAGAUGUCGAAUUCGAUGAGUCAAGGAGGCUUGGAGAGCUCAAGGAGAGACCGGAUUUCGCCCCAAGGAGUGGCAUCAAACCGUCUCGGCCCUACAAGGAUGUCGAACUUCCUCAAUCAGGUGGUCUCAUUCCCGCAUCGAUCGCUCAGUACCUGCGCGAUUACCAAGUUGAAGGCGUCCGGUUUUUGCACAAAAAGUUUGUGUACCAAGAAGGGGGCAUCCUGGGCGAUGACAUGGGCCUUGGCAAGACGGUUCAAGUCGCUGCUUUUUUGACGGCGGCCUUUGGAAAAACAGGAGACGAAAGAGAUGACAAACGUAUGCGGCAGAUGAGGCUUAUUGGAGAGAGAUGGUAUCCCAAAAUACUAAUCGUCUGCCCCGGAUCUCUCAUUAUGAAUUGGAGAAACGAGUUGAACCGAUGGGGAUGGUGGCAUGUGGAUCUGUUUCACGGGACAAAUAAGGACGACGUACUUGGUGCGGCCCGCGCUGGGAUGCUGGAAAUCAUGAUUACAACCUACGAGACGUAUAAAAACUCUCGCAGCUCCAUUAAUAUGGUGCAGUGGGAUGCCGUCGUCGCUGACGAGUGCCACCGCCUCAAAGACCGCUACUCGGAGACGACCAAAGCAAUGCAAGAGAUCAACGCGCUCUGUCGGAUCGGCUUAACGGGAACAGCUAUACAGAAUAGGUAUGAGGAGCUCUGGACACUGCUAGAUUGGACCAACCCGGGUCAUUUUGGUACCAAGGCAGAGUGGUCGAAUACCAUCACGAAACCCCUGACCGUCGGUCAGUCCCAUGAAGCAACGGUUGCACAGCUGAGUCUCGCACGGCAGACCGCAAAGAAACUGGUCGAGAAUCUUCUUCCUCGGUAUUUUUUGCGCCGCAUGAAGUCCCUGAUAGCUGACCAGUUGCCGAAAAAAUCCGACCGAGUCGUCUUUUGUCCCCUUACGGAUUUACAAAUGGAAGCGUACGAGAAUUUUCUCGGCAGCAAAGAAGUGGAAAUAUUGAAGACCAUUUCAGAAGACUGCGAGCAUGGGGGCAAGAGAGGUUGGUGUUGCAACCAAUUUCUUCCAAGUGGCAGACGCUGGCAAACCAUCGUCUUUCCGAGCAUGAUAAUUUUGCAAAAGUUGGCGAACCACCUGACUCUGCUGGUGCCUCAGACGACAGAUUUGGAAGAAAAGCAUGCGUAUGAGCUCGCAACACUCCAGACUUGCAUGCCUGACACGUGGAGAGUGUUGUAUGAGAAGCGAGAUCGGAUUAGUAACCUGGUCAAUCCUGAGUUCUGCGGCAAGUGGAAGAUCCUGAGGAAGCUGCUCAAAUUUUGGCAUGGCAGCGGAAACAAAGUCUUGGUAUUCUCUCACAGCGUGCGGUUACUCCGCAUACUACAGCACCUUUUUACCAACACAAGCUACACCGUGAGCUAUCUGGACGGUUCCCUGAGCUAUGAAGCGCGGCAAGAUGUGGUGGAUACUUUCAACUCCGACCCCACGCAGUUUGUGUUCCUUAUAUCGACCAAGGCUGGUGGUGUUGGGCUAAACAUCACGUCGGCUAACAAGGUGGUCAUCAUAGACCCUCACUGGAAUCCUGCAUAUGAUCUGCAAGCUCAGGACCGAGCUUAUCGAAUUGGCCAGACUCGUGAUGUCGAAGUCUUUCGGCUCAUUUCCGUGGGAACAAUAGAGGAAAUUGUCUAUGCUCGGCAAGUCUACAAGCAGCAGCAGGCAAACAUUGGAUAUACCGCAUCAUCUGAGCGACGAUAUUUCCGCGGUGUUCAGCAAGACACUGAACGGACUGGCGAAAUCUUUGGUCUAUCAAACAUCUUCACCUACCAUAGCAAUAUGGGCUUGCUGCGCGAUAUUGUGAACAAGACAAACAUUGCUGAGGCUAAAGCUGGAGUGCACUUGGCUGAUGUUGAUAUGGAAGAGGCGGCCAAAGAUGGUGAAAAUUUAGGAGUCGUGAAACGAGAGGAGGGCACCGACUCAGAAGAUGGAGGACUCAGCCAGCUGGCAGACCUGUUGACUUCUGGGGAUCAGCAAAAGGCCCUGGAAUCCGAAAAAGCCCAAAAGGCAAAGAUGAGCCGUCCAAGAAGCGACGCUGUGCAAGCGAUUCUCACUGCAGCUGGUGUGGAGUACACGCAUGACAAUUCCGAAGUGGUCGGAUCUUCCAAGGUGGAGGAGCAGCUUUCGCGGCGAGCGGCCAUGAGACUGUUUGGAGAAGGAGAUGUUGCGGGCCAAACUACGUUGUUUGCUGAUAGCGACGAGGGCGAGGGUGACGGGCUUCACAGCUCCUACAAGCCGCCCGAGGAUGUUUGCUUGCGCCAAUUUUGCGAGAUGGCUAGGGAAUUUGGCUUUGCUAACGCUACGGACUUUGCCCUCAUUGUGGAAAACUGGACGACAGAAGCGAGAAGGAAUUGCUUGAAUUCAUUCUAUAAGAGGCGCGAGGCUAAGCUAGAAAAGGAGGGAUUCCUUGAUGCAAAGGAGGGUAUAGUCAACCACGAAGGAUCAUCGGCAGACGCAAGGGUAAAAACCCUGAAGCAAGAACACAAGCCAAAGCUGGAAGCGAUAAAGGAGGAUGAAGCAAGAAGCGGGGUAAUGCUCAAAGAUUUGGACCCCUGGCCUCAAUCUGGGCUCCAGAACAUGAAAGAGGAGAAUGAGGCAAAAACGGAAGCGAAUGAGGGGGUGAAGUGCGAAAUCAAAACGGAAACGAAGGCAGAAGAUGUCAAGGAUGGGAAAAUAAACGUCAAAAAACAGGAAAUUGUCGACGAGAAGAAGCCGAUACCGGCAGACAGCGAGUCCAAGAGGACUUCAAUCUUCCUUUUGGAUGACGACGACGACGACGAGCUUUGA